AUAAACAAAAUCACCAAAAGAAACCCAACAUCUCCGUAAGUUGAUAUCAACAAAAUCGAGCUCUCACUCAAUUUUCUUUUCUUUUUCUUUAUUCAGUGAACCACCUCUCUCUCUCUCUAGAUUCUCUCUCUUGUCGUAUCUGAAUCUCUCUCCUCUGCAACACACCCAAAGUCGUCAUCAAUGGCGAACUCCAAUCUACCUCGCAGAAUCAUCAAGGAAACUCAGCGUCUCCUCAGCGAGCCAGCUCCCGGAAUAAGUGCUUCACCAUCAGAAGACAAUAUGCGGUACUUUAAUGUUAUGAUUCUUGGACCAUCACAGUCUCCUUAUGAAGGGGGAGUAUUUAAGUUGGAACUAUUUUUGCCUGAGGAAUAUCCGAUGGCUGCUCCUAAGGUUCGAUUUCUCACCAAAAUAUAUCAUCCCAACAUUGACAAGCUAGGGAGGAUAUGCCUUGAUAUUCUCAAAGAUAAAUGGAGUCCUGCUCUCCAGAUACGGACUGUACUCUUGAGUAUUCAAGCACUGCUGAGUGCUCCAAACCCUGAUGAUCCUCUGUCUGAGAAUAUUGCUAAGCAUUGGAAAAUGGAUGAGGCAGAAGCUGUUGAAACUGCAAAAGAAUGGACUCGUCUAUAUGCAAGUGGGGCUUAAUGACAUGGCGAGAACUUUUUGCCCUCUUCAAAUAACAAUUGUGUGAUGUUUGUUAUCUGACUGAAUUGUAUACCAAGCUGCUGGCUGGAAAAUGAAUUUCAAGUGAUAAUCUAGGAGAAAUGAUGAUCAAAUGUGAGUAUAAGAUAGCAUAAGUUUCUGUGGUCUUAUUUAUCUUCUCUACCCUGUCGAAUUCAUCCUAGAAAUGUAUAAAUUGACGUUUUGCUUA